AUGCGUUCCAAAUCUGAAGUAUAAUACUAUAAAAUGAAAAAUGAGAAAAGUAAUGGAAAUGUGACUAUUGAUUCGGAUGGGAAUGAUAGAUAACAGAAGUUUAUAGAUGAUGUCGAAAACUUAGCUAAAGGACUUACCCUUCAGCAAGCUUAUGAGAAGAUAGGAGGAUUUACCUAUUUUCACUACUGGGCCUCAUCGCUUUUUGUAUGGGGAUUUUCAACUGGAGGUCUCUUGUUUUACGCUCUAUCAAUGUUAGAAAAAACUCCAAGAUAUUUGUGCUAUUAUGAUGAUGGAACAACCUACGAGUGUGAAGCUGACAAGACAUUUUGCAAAGACCCUUCUAUCAAGUACAAAAUUGACUGGAAUUACGACUCUAGUCUCCAUAACUGGGUAGAAACUCUAGAUCUCACUUGUGAAAGUUCAGCUAAAAUAGGUCUGAUUGGUUCCAUUUACUUUGCAGGGUGGGCAGUUGCAGCUGUGUUCUUACCUAGACUGAGUGAUAUAUUUGGAAGAAAGUGGGUUUACUUCUACUCAAUGCUAUUUCAUGGACUUAUGUACUUGGGAGUAAUUUUAUCACAUAACUUGAACUUAACUAUUGUGUUUAUGGGAUUCUUUGGAUUCUGUUCCCUUGGACGAGCUUCAGUUGGAUAUCUCUAUAUGCAAGAACUUACACCAAUCAAGCAAUAAACUAUCAUUGGAACUAUUCUCUAGAUCAUGAAUGGACUAGUAACAGUACUUAUAGCUCUCUAUUUCUUGUAUGUUUCUAAGCACUGGGAGGGAUUUUAGAUAUUUGGGUGCGCUACAAAUUUCCUAAUCGUAGUUUCAAUAAUAUUCUUACCUGAGUCACCGAAGUACCUAAUUAGUAAAAAGCGCUAUGAAGAUGCUAGGAAUUCACUGAGGAUUAUCGCUAGAUUCAAUAGACAUCAAGGAGAGGUAAAUUUUAAAUUUGAUAGAGAAGUCCUUGAUGAGCUCUCAAGUUCUAAAGUAAACUAAACUUACUCAGUUGAUGCUUCUCUUGAUAAACAAGGAAAGCUUGCAUAAAACACUGAAGAUGCAAUUAAAAAUACCUAGGUCGGAUGUAAUCAAAUGCAAAGCUAUUCGACCAAAGAUGACUAAGUAGAACCACUUAUACUUAAAGUUGAGGAGAUUAAAGAGGAAUAGUAACUGAAUGGGUCUUUAAAGGAUCUGAUUAAGAUUAGAAGGCAUAUGAUAAACUUGAUCAUUAUGGUUACUAUCUGGAUUGGCUCUUCAUUCAAUUACUAUUUAAUCAAUUUCCAGCUUAAGUAUAUAAAGGGUGACUUCUUUGUCAAUACAAUUACAGCAUCCUUGACUGAAGUACCUGCUUACAUCCUUAGUGGUAUUUUGUAUCAAAAGCUUGGUAUAAGAAUAGUACUUGUAUCUUGCUUUAUAAUAUCACUUGUAGGAGGAAUAUUCCUUCUAAUAUUCUCUAAUUAUACCGAUGUCAUUCCGGUAUUCAUUCUUCUUGCUAGAUUUGGAGUGAGCGCUACUUUUAGUAUUUGCUAUCUCGCGAAUGCCACUAUAUUUCCUACUAUUUUCGCUGGAACUGCUUUUGGAAUAUGCAAUAUAUUUGCUAAGAUGGCUACAAUUAUCUCUCCAAUGCUGGCUGAGGUAGAUCCUCCUGUUCCAAUGACAGUAUUUUGCAUUGUUUCAGGAAGCGCAGCAGUUUUAUCGUUAUUCAUUCAAACUACUCCUAAGAAAGUAGAAAAACCUAAAGAUAAUGAAAGUGGUAAAAUAGAAAGCGAUUGCAAGACUGUUGAAUGA